CUAGGAUUAGUAGUCACACAAUUCCACUUUCUUCUCGAAUAACCUGAUUUUUUCUCAGUAGCUGUUGGAAGCAGGACAGGACAAUCCCUUUGACUUGAAUUCGCUUGGUUUGUACUCAGUCAUGGAAGACAAACCUCAAAAGGCGCAUCGUGCCAAAAAGGCCGGCAAAAAGGUCGAAAGAAAGAAAGAGAACAAGUUCGUCAAUGCCAAGAAAUCGAGCAAUCCUAAAGCUUUCUCAUUCCAAAGUGCAGCUAAGGCAGAAAAGACUGCUCGACGUAACUUUGAUAUCGGUGAGAAGAAACUGCACGUUCCUUUGGUGGACCGUACUCCCAUCGAAGCACCCCCGGUCGUGAUUGCUGUCGUCGGACCACCCGGUACCGGUAAAUCGACGCUUAUUAAAUCGCUUGUGAAACGAUAUACCAAACAUAAUCUCAACGAAAUCAAGGGACCCAUUACCGUUGUCAGCGGCAAAAAGCGACGUUUGACUUUUAUCGAAUGUGCCAAUGACAUGAACUCCAUGAUCGAUGUGGCUAAAAUUGCAGAUCUCGUACUGCUGAUGAUCGAUGCCAGUUUCGGUUUCGAAAUGGAAACAUUCGAAUUUCUGAACAUUCUUCAAUCACAUGGUUUCCCCAAGGUGAUGGGCGUGCUCACCCAUUUGGAUAAAUUCCGCAAUAACAAAACAUUGCGCACUACUAAGAAGAAACUGAAGCAUCGAUUCUGGACCGAAAUUUAUCAAGGUGCCAAAUUAUUCUACUUAUCCGGCGUAAUCAAUGGACGAUAUCCCAACAUGGAAGUUCAAAAUUUGUCACGCUUCAUUUCGGUCAUGAAAUUCAGACCUCUUGUAUGGCGCAAUACUCAUCCUUAUGUUGUCGCCGAUCGUAUUGAAGAUUUGACUGAUCCUGAAUUGCUGCAUCGACAGCCGACUUGCGAUCGUACCGUAACCUUGUACGGCUAUCUUCGCGGUACCAAUCUCAAGAGCAACAUGCGUAUUCACAUUCCCGGUGCUGGUGAUCAUGUGUUAGCCGAUGUUUCCGUUCUUCCUGAUCCCUGUCCGUUACCUGAUAAAGAACGUAAACGAUUGGAUGAGAAGUACAAGCUUAUUUACGCCCCCAUGUCCGAUGUCGGUGGUGUCAUGUACGAUAAAGAUGCCGUUUACAUUAACGUUCCCGGUACUUUCACGAAAAAAUCGGCUCUGGCUCCCAUUGAGCGUAAAAACGGUGAAGAGGCGGAAGAAGAAUCAGACGAUGAAGUUCAGCCUGCUGGUUUGGGAGAAAAAAUGGUUAUGGAUCUGCAGGACGUUCAGGAUACAUUGGCUUCUCAAUUGGCCGAUUCGGAAUUGCGUAUUUUCUCGGGAUCAGCCCCCUUGCGCGCUGGGGACGUUGCUUCAGAUGAUGAAGGUGCCAUUACCGAAUCUCUUGAAGAAGAUGAUUCAGGUAGAACGCGUCGACGUGCUGUAUUUGCGACAGGAGACGUUGAAGACGAUGACGAGGAUGAUGAAGAUGAAGAUGAGGAAAUGGAAGAGGACGAAGACGACGAUCUGGAGGAAGACGAGGAUGAAGAUGAAGAUGAUGUUCCUCGCAGAGGUCGUGCGCUGACGAAAUUUGACACACGAAAUAUUCCCAAAAAGGGUGAAAAAGAAGAUGCUGAAAGUGACAAUGAAAACGAUGUCCAAUUUGCAGACAGUGACAGUGAUUUCGGUGGCGAGGAAGAUGACGAAGACAUGAUCAAUAUUGACGGACGUCAGCGCCGUACUGAAUCUGAAGACGAAGAACUUGCUGGCGAACUACGAUGGAAGGCGAAUCUCAAGGAAAAAGCCAGCAAUAUGUUCUUUUCCAAUCGUCGUGUCAACUUGAUGACCUUGAUUUACAAUCGACCCGAACUUACCGCUGAAGAUAUCGCCAACGGUGAUUACGAAGAGAAUGAUAAUGAAAACGGCGAUGAUAAUAUGGAUGAAGAAGAUGAAGAAUUCUUCAAGUUGAAAAAGGACACAAAGAAAGAUGAAGAAGAAACGCUCGAUACUGUACGAGAGCAACCUGAUAUGGAAGAAUUGGAAGAAUGGGAUGAUGAAGAUACUCUGAAUUCUAUCCGUAAUCGAUUCAUCACCGGUGAAUUGGAAGAGGGUGGUGCACCCAAUGCUCCUGCAGCCGAAGAAGAAGAGGUGUAUGGUGAUUUUGAAGAUCUGGAAGGUGAAGAGGGCGAGGCAUCCAAAGAGGAGCCUGAAGAAGAAUUGGAUCCAGUGGAAGCCGAACGCCAACGUAUCGCCAAGCGUAAAGAAGAAUUGAAGAAGAAAUUCAAUGAGGAGUAUGAUGAGGAAGACGAUCAACCCAAGAUGGAUUUUUAUGAAAAGCGCAAAGCCGAGAUCGAGCAGCAAUUGAUUACGAAUCGUAAUGAAUUCGAACAUGAUGACCCGCAAACUCGUGCAAUGGUUGAAGGAUAUCGUCCUGGCAGCUACGUACGUUUGCUCAUCAAGGACAUGCCAUGUGAAUUUGUGGAAAAUUUCGAUCCCACCUAUCCUGUUCUUGUUGGCGGUUUAUUGACGUCCGAAGACCAAUUUGGUCUUGUACAAGUGAGAAUCAAGCGUCAUCGUUGGCAUCGCAAGAUCUUGAAGACCAACGAUCCUCUCAUCUUUUCGAUCGGUUGGAGACGAUUCCAGAGCAUACCCAUCUAUUCCCUGAAUGACGGCACGCGUAACCGCAUGUUGAAAUAUACACCAGAGCACAUGCAUUGUCUUGCCACCUUUUACGGUCCUGUUCAUACACCAAAUACUGGUUUCUGUGCAGUGCAAUCGGUAUCGGAUAGCAAGACGUCCUCCUUCCGUAUCAGCGCCACAGGUGUGGUGGUCGAUAUCAGUCAAUCAGCUGAAAUCGUCAAGAAAUUGAAGCUCACCGGUACACCGUACAAAAUCUACAAAAACACCGCUUUUAUCAAGGACAUGUUCACGUCGGCUUUGGAAGUGGCGAAAUUCGAAGGCGCCAGUAUCCGAACUGUGUCUGGUAUUCGCGGUCAAGUAAAGAAAGCAAUGCCGAAACCGGAUGGUCAUUUCCGUGCAACCUUUGAAGAUAAAGUCCUGAUGAGCGAUAUCGUAUUUUUGAGAGCAUGGUAUCCCGUUAAGCCCCGUAAAUUCUAUAAUCCCGUUACAUCCUUGUUAUUAUCAUCCAAGUCAUCAUGGCAAGGAAUGCGUCUGACAGGCGAAGUGCGAAGGGAUCUUAACCUUCAUGCACCGCAGAAUGUCGAUUCCAUUUACAAGCCUAUCGAACGCAAAGCAAGAAAAUUCAAUACAUUGAAGAUUCCAAAGGCUCUGCAGGCCGAGCUGCCUUUUGCUUCCAAGCCCAAGAUUCCUAAAGCACAAACGAAGAAGUCGUAUUUGGCUAAGCGCGCAGUGGUUCUGGAACCGGAAGAGAAGAAAAUUUAUACACUUAUGCAACAGCUGAAUACGCUUCGCAAUGAGAAGCAACGCAAACGCAAGAUGAAAGACGCGGAACGACGAGUGGAGAAUGAAAAGAAGAAGGCCAAGAUUGAAGCCGUCAAUGUCGCCAAGGAUAAAGAACGUCGCAAGGAUUAUUUCCGCAAAGAAUCCAAGAAAGCCAUUUCACGAUCAAAGAGUUCAUCAUAGAUUUGUCACAUGCAUAUCUUUUUUUUUCCAUUUUCCAAAUCAUUCGUUCUGUUAUUAUCCAGUAGU